CAGUUGGCAAUUAUGUUGACUUGCACAAGUUUGCUUAUGCAAAUUUGAAAACUAGUCUCAAAAACAAUGAUGAAGAACAAACAUUGCAAACAUCUGAAGGGGGUAUCAUUGCUGUUCGCAAACGAAACUGCAUCCUUAGAUUUAACAAUAUAUCUGAAUGGCUUCCGGCAUUUCGAACAUAUAUGGAGGCAGUUCUGAUAAUCUAUGAUAUCAGAGAACAAGAAUUCAAUGCCUACCGUCUAACAACAAACUAUGAUUCAACCUUGCUUGAUCGUAGCAUUGAAGCCGAAGGUGACAAUUUCAAUGUCACAACAACAAAACAGCAUCGCAACAGCAUUACACCGCAAGCUUUUAGUGAAUCUUAG